AUGAAAAUCGCUAAAACAUUAAAUGAUAUCUUGAUGAACUGUAGUAUAAAAAGGGUGGAUGAGGAAUUUUUACAAAAUGUAAAUAAUCUAUUAAAAACGAAUUACAAGAAAAGAGAAAAAGAAACAAAAGAACUUUUCGAAUUUUUAGGAAACUUUGUAUACCAAGAUUUAGAAAGAGAUAUUAUAAAAAUAAACAUAUCAGAUUUGGAUAAGAGAAAAAAAAAAAUUCUUUUCACCAAUUUAAGGAAGUUAUUUAAAACUCUACUUCUCUUUCAGAAUGUAAAUAGAUAUGUAGAAGUGUUGUGUGACUUUCUCUUUUACUUGUUUAAGUACAUGCGUAAGGUAAAUGUGAAGAAGUGCUACAAGCUAGUGAGGAAGGUAACAAUUGCCAGGAUGCAGACAGGGAAGACACCGAGUGGAAGCACUCCAUGUGGAACAGUUCCAAAUGGAAACGUCACAGAUGGUUGCAUCACCACAGAUUGUGGGAGCGCAGAGGAGAAAGAAUUCCACAUGGUUUCAUUCCUCCUUAUGAGCAACAUAAUGAUAUAUUUAGAAAUUUUAAAAAGAGAAAACAGCAAAAAUCUGGUGCCUGAUGAACACUAUUUUUAUCAAAGUGUAAAAAUCCAAUUGAUGAAUAAGAAAUAUAUAAUUACACUAAGUAAAAGAUUGGGUGAUAUAGUAAUUAAUUUUCCCAAUUUUCCCGUAUUUGUUGAUAUGGCAUUUAAUUUAUUUUUUUAUGUACGAAAUGGACUAGUCCCAUUAUUUUUGAAAAUUGUUUAUAAAAGAAUUUCAGAUUUGUUUGAAUUAAAAAAUAAAGAAAUGAAUACAAAAUUUACAAUAAAAAAAUAUUAUGCUUUUCUGUUUUAUGUAUACUUUUUAUAUAAAAUAAAAAUCAUUACUUUUUUGUACAUGAACCCAUUGACAACCUAUGGCUUGCUAAAUGAUUCUAUCCAAACUAACACAAUUGUGCAACUAUAUUCCCAAGUUUUGAAAGACUAUAAAAAUGUAUUGCACUUGUGCUUCUACACAAUAAGCAAUAAGAAAAAUAACAAGACAUUUUUCAACACUUUCUGUUUAGCAAUCAUUUAUUUAACAAACCUUUUGUAUUCAAAUCACAAUGAUAUUAUGAAAAUAUUUCCUAGUGGAUCAAAAAAUAAUUCUCUUUUUUUUAAAAAAUAUAAAGACAUUUUUUCCAUGUAUCACAAUGUUUUUGAAGCUUUGUUUAAGUUGAAUAAAGAUACAACUUUUUUUACAAUGGCUAAAGUAAAAUUUGCUGUUUAUUGUAAUCUCUCUUCAUCCAAGUUUAAUAACCAUUUUUUACUUAAAAAAAAAAAAAAAAAAAUGGACACCAAAGGGGUAGCGAAAGCAGAAGAGAGCAUAGAUCAACAAAAUGGUAAAAACAAUACAGCGAAGAACAAAGAAGAAAAUCUUUUCAAUUAUCCUGCUACUUGCAUGAUAACCAAUUUCAUAAACAAGAUGAAAGAUCAAAUGACAAAAAAACAAAUGGGAAAACUCAUGUAUAGAACCAUAUCCGAAUAUGACUAUUCUUGUUUUGUCGUUUUCUCUUACUUGUAUAUGAUGACGAUGAAGUUUAUAAAGUUGUAUGAUUUUCCCACCAUCCUGAAUGAUAUAGUUUUUUAUAAAAAUCUCUGCAUUGAGGAAAUGAGCCUUACGACGCUGAGUGCAGUUCCGUUGGAGAUGGUAGAAAAGAGGAGCAUGGUUGAGGGAAGAACUUCUUCACGGGUGGAGGGAAAAACUUCACAGGUUGACCUUUCAAGUCCCCUUUACAAUAAUGCAUUCCUGAAUCUCCUGAAAGACAAACUAUGUCUUUACAUGAACAUAGAUGGGAAUAUAUUAAAUGUCUUUUUCAUGAAUGAAUUGUACAAAUUCUUAAAUAGCAAGAAUUUGAAUUACAAGAAUCUGCACUAUCUCUUGGUUCACAACAUCAAUAAGAAGUAUCAUCAGAUUAAUGUGCUAUUACUACUUCAGAAAAUUAUUUUGAGGAACAUAUUAAGAUAUGCCUUGAAGUUUGACACGGGUAAGAAUCCAUGUCACGUCAACCAAGCUGACAGUAGCAAGGAGAGUAGGGACAAAGCAGAAAUUAGCAAUGUGAAAAAAGAAGAGAUGACAAACGAACUAUUAUCCUACUUGUUCAAAAAAGAAAACGAAAAAAUGAAAUUGUUAAACAUAAAUGAGUUUUCGCUAAACAAUGAAGAUGUAAAAAGUAUAGCAGAGAAAAAGGAUGAAAACACAUUUAUAAUUUUGAAAAAUAUCGAUUUUGUAGAUAUUAAGAAUAGUAUGAAUUCAAGAAAUGCCCUAUUUGAUAUGAACAUAAUUAAUAUUGCUGUAAAUCAAGUAACAAAAGAAAGUAUUACCGUUUUAAAAUCUUUAUAUGCAUUAAAAAAUAAGAAAAAGGAAGAAACAAAAUUAUAUUUGAAAAAUAUUCGAUCUCUAGAGGCUAUAUUAAAGAGUACAUAUAAUUUUGUUAAUUCAUUUCUUUUCAUAAUUAAUCUUGCUAAAUCUGGUAAAAAAUGCAUACUCUGUUACAAUGCCAAGAAGCAAAAUAUUCUAUUCGCAGAAAAUUAUUAUGAAAAAAUAAAAAACAAAAAGAAGAAAAUAAAAGCAACAGAAAGGGAAGUAUACCUUCAUUUGGAACCCAAUUUUGACAAAAAAUGUGCGAAAAAAAAAAAUUUUAAAAUUGUAAAAAAUCUCAUUAAAUUGGUAGUUUUCAUUGUUCAGAAAAAUAAAAAAAGGCCGAAUGAGAAAAACAAAGAAAGACAUUACAAUAUCGAAACUGUAGAAAUUGCAAAAAUAAUUAUAUUCCUCUACAAUCUUUUGGUAUUUUACAUGAUUCAUAAUUUAAGAAGAAACAUGCUUGAGGAAGGAAAAAUAAUUCCAAAUGGAAGAGAUGUAUUAUUAAACAAUAACCAAAUUAGGAAAAGGUGUCGUAAAAUUUUCGAAGAUGCUUAUACAUUGCUCAAGCACGUGCAUACGUAUAAUUCUCAAGGAAUCAUUUCAGAUGAAUUAAAAAAACAGCUUAUCAUUUUCUCAAAAAGUUACAUCAUUGUCAGCAAAUUAUUCUCCACCACUGCGUACAGAAAUGAAUUUGCAUUCUUUGCAACGAACACUUACCUUCCAAUCAGCAGGAGAAAAGCUGUCAAAUUUUCCAAGCGGGUACACACACUUUUGAAAAAUUUGACGCACCUGCAGAUGCUAGGGGUGGGAACAGCGGACAGUGCAGAGGAAGAUAUGGAAACGGAGGAGGAUCGUGACGAUGACCAAGCCGAGAAAGAAAGUGCAGACUCAGAGGGGGUAGGUAAUGAGACAGCUAAUGAGACAGCUAAUGAGACAGCUAAUGAGACAGCUAAUGAGACAGCUAAUGAGACAGCUAAUGAGACAGCUAAUGAGACAGCUAAUGAGACAGCUAAUAAGGAAACAGCUAAUGAGACAGCCAAUGAGACAGCUAAUAAGGAAACAGCUAAUGAGACAACUAAUGAGACAGCUAAUAAGGAAACAGCUAAUAAGGAAACAGAUAAUGAAGGAGAUGACCAAAGUGACAUCGUGGUGACGAGCAACUUCCUCCUAGACAUUCUAACUGAAGAACCUGCAAAAGAGAAAAAAGCAGAAAACAAAAAGGAAAACAUGGUGGGUAUAAAGAAAAUGCGUACAUCCAUAUUUUACAACGUUUCUUAUUUACUGAAACAUCUGAAGGGAAAUAUAAAAAACCAAAUGGCCGAAAACACAGUGAAGACCCUGUUUUACUUGGUACGCUCCCUUGUGAUUAUCUCCAGGAAAGUGAAGGUGAAUUUGCACUUGGAGGAGGAGCGGCAGCAGCAGCUUCAACUCUCUACUGAAGUGGAAGUGGGAGAGAAAGAGAAAGAGGAAGAGGAAGAGGAAGAAGAAGAAGAAGAGGAAGAAGAAGAGGAAGAAGAUAUCAGUGAUGUAGCUGAUGGGGGCUAUGGCAAAGAGUUACCAUUACAUGGGGAGGAGGAGUUCGAGAAGGAGGGACGCUCAAGUCUGCAAACGGCCAAACUACAAACGGCCAAACUACAAACGGCCAAACUGCAAGCGGCCAAACUGCAAGCGGCCAAACUGCAAGCGGCCAAACUGCAAGCGGCCAAACUGCAAGCGGCCAAACCUCUGACAGCCACUUACGCAGAAGACUUGAUCAUCUUGGAGAAGCAAAUAAAACACAUCUUAGUCAGCUUCAAAGUAAUGAAAGAAACUGAGGCAGAGGACAAAGACAAGUUGAAAGAAGUAAUAAAAAAGUGUGUGGUGAAAAUUUUAAGGAUGAUAAUGAAGGAAACGAAAAACACAGAUUUAAUAAAAAUGUUGAUAAAAUGUUUAGAGAAUUAUAAUAUUAUAGAAAAUAAAAUAUACCACAAGAGUUAUGUAGUUAUUAAUUAUUUACUUGAAUUUUUAAAAAUUAUUUUUUUUAUCCCCAAAUUAAGAAAUUGUUAUUCAAGAUAUUUAAGCGUAUUUUUUAAAAGUGCCUUUGUAAAGUACCUAAAUAUUUGUGAAUUUUUUAACGGUUCGUUUAAGAAAUAUUUUCCACAUUUAAUUAAAAAAUUUACAACAGAUUUUAAUUUAGCACAUUAUUAUAUGAUGAACAGUCAGGUAAAAACACAACCAAUACUUUUAGAGGAAAGGCAAUUUAUUUCGAACCAGAUUAUUGUAAUUUUAAGAGGAUUAAAUAAAAAAAUUAUGAACAAAAAUUUAAGUGAUGAUAUUUGCAAUGAAUAUAUUACCAGUUUGGUUCUCAUAAAUAACACAAAUGAUAAAAAAUUUUUAAAUUCUUUUAGUUUAAAUGAAUUAUCUCUCAUUAUUCAUAAUAUUUCUCAGCAUUUUACAAAAAUUUUGAACAAUAAUAAUGUCUACGCAUUUAAUAAAAAGGUAACAUUUAAUCUAUUAGGGUUAUUAAAAAAAAUUAGUGCCAUUUCUCAUAUUCAAGGGGAUGUAAAAUUACUCUCCUUUAAGGAACACUUGAUAAGUACCCACAUCUCAGAGCUUAGAAGUUUUCUCAGUCUAUUGGAUGAACACAUCAAUACGCAAAAAAUACAAAUUAACAUAAACGAUUUUCACAAAAAACUGACAUCCAUUCUGCACGACAAAUCACCUGCACAUGGGAAGUCCAAGGAGGCAGAAUCCAAUCUAAAGAAAAGCUCACCACCGAAUGGCAGUCCUCAUCAAUUCAGGACGAAAAGACCAAACACCAUGAACAUCUUGCAUAUGCACAAGAGAGUUAAAUUGUAG